AUGGAUAAAGAAGCGUCGCCGGCCCGGGCCCCGCCGGCACGGCCGCCCGCGGCGCCCAGCGCCCGGCCCCGUACAGCACCGCCGCCAGCACCAACACGCUCGACACCGCGCAGAUGGCCGCCACCAGCCACACGUUCGUCGCCGCCGCCGCCGCCGCCGCAGAGCCGCCCUCCGCGCCCGCCGCCGCCCGCGGCCCCGCCCCCGCCGACACCGCCCCCGCCCCCGCCGCCGCCAGCGCCGCCUCGGCGCCCUCCACCAGCGACACGCUCAGCGUGGCCGUGGCCGAGCGCGGCGGCUCCCCGUGGUCCCGCACCACGAUCAGCAGCCUCUGCCGCGGGCCGUCCGCCUCCUCCAGCGCCCGCGCCGUGCUCACCUCGCCGCUGUACAGCCCCACGCGGAACGGGCCCUCGCCCCGCGGCUCCCGCAGCUCGUAGCGCAGCCACGCGUUGUAGCCCGAGUCCGCGUCCACCGCGCGGAUCUUCGCCACCACCUGCCCCGCCGGAGCACCCAGCGCCGCCCGCGCCCACAGCGACCACGACGACGACGCCGAGCCCGGAGAACCCGCCGAGCCCGCCGAGCCCGCCGCCCGCCACGCCGGCUCCGCCGCCUCGCCCGCAGCCCAGGGCCCCGGCCCGCCGCCCGCCAGCGGCAGCAGCGCCGGCGCGUUGUCGUUCUCGUCCACCACGAACAGCUGCACCGUGGCGUUGCCGCACAGCGGCGGCUCCCCCGCGUCCACCGCCCGCACCUCGAACUGCAGCACCUGCAGCUCCUCGUAGUCCAGCGGACGCAGCGCCCGCAGCCGCCCGCUCUCCGCCUCCACCGACACGUAGCUCGACGCCGGACGCCACCCCGAGCCCGAGCCCGAGCCCGAGCCCGAGCCCGAGCCCGAGCCCGAGCCCGAGCCCGCGCCCAUCCCCGCGCCGCCCUCCCACACCGAGUAGCUCACGCGCCCGUUGCCCGCCUCGUCCGGGUCCCGCGCCCACAGCCGCGCCAGCUCCGCGCCCGCCGCGUUGUUCUCCCGCGCCAGCACCGUGUACACGGCCUGCGCGAACGCCGGCGCGUUGUCGUUCACGUCCGACACCGGCACCCGCAGCCCGCGCCUGGCGCGCAGCGGCGGCGCCCCGCCGUCCUCCGCCCGCACCUCCACCUCGUACUCCGACACCCGCUCCCGGUCCAGCGCCUCCCGCAGCACCAGCGAGUACGAGCCCGCGAACGUCGCCACCAGCCCGAACGGCGACGCCGGCACCACCGCGCACCGCACCCGCCCGUUCGGACCCGAGUCCCGGUCCGACACGCUCAGCAGCGCCACCACCGUCCCCAGCGACGCGUCCUCGGGCACCGGCACCGACAGCGACGUCACCCACACCUCGGGCGCGUUGUCGUUCACGUCCAGCACUUCCAGCUCCACGCUGCAGUGCCCCGACAACGGAGGAAAACCUUGAUCUCUCGCCUCGAUUUGCAACUCGUGUAAACGAAAUUCUUCGAAGUCCAGGGGGAUUCGGAGACGGAUCUCCCCCGUCCGGGGAUCAAUGCUGA